CCGAAUCCCAUGUCCUCCGCGGCUCGUGCCGGCGUCUGAACCCUCCGCCGCUUGCGUCAACCACCCGCACCCGCAGGAAAUGAGCAUCAAAGCCAUCGACAAGACCUCCGUACACCGGAUCACCUCCGGCCAGGUCGUCAUCGACCUGCAAACCGCCAUCAAAGAGUUGGUGGAGAACAGUCUUGACGCGGGGGCCACGAACCUCGAGGUACGGUUCAAGCAGUAUGGCGUUGCCUCGAUCGAAGUCAUCGACAACGGAUGCGGGAUUUCGCAGGAUGAUUACGAGGGUGUCGCUUUGAAACACCACACAUCGAAGCUAUCCUCCUUCGAAGACCUCACGACCGUCACGACGUUCGGCUUCCGCGGCGAGGCCCUGUCGUCCCUGUGCGCGCUGUGCGAGUCCGUCGUCGUCUCGACGUGCACGAAGGCGCCCAUGGGCGUCACCCUGGAGAUGGACGCGAGCGGACAGAUCAGGCACAAAGGCAAGGCCGCGCGGCAGCCAGAAAACUGUGCAGAUCCGGACGUCCGGCACCCCCUCAACUCGAGAUGGCGUGUCGGCGCUCUGGGGCCCGAAG